ACACCAGAGAAGAAGAAGAUGAUCGCGACUCUCGGCAAAAAUGGCGACGCAGUUUUAAAGCUGGUGAUAAAACAAAAACAAAGACCAACGCUCAGAAGUUUGUUGUCCGUGUUUUAGUUUAACGGUCAACGUUAUCUUUGAUUUCGCGUUAGGACCGUCUCUGUCCGGAGCCGGCGUCAUGGAAACAGAGGAACAAGCCAGGAACCGUUUCCAGUCAGAGCUGGAGUUCAUCCAGUGUUUGGCCAACCCCAACUACCUGAACUUUUUGGCUCAGAGAGGUUUCCUGAGAGAGAGACCCUUCAUUAACUACCUGAAGUACCUGCUGUACUGGAAGGAGCCGGAGUACGCCAAGUUCCUCAAGUAUCCUCACUGCCUCCACAUGCUGGAGCUGCUGCAGUACGAACACUUCAGGAAGGAACUGGUCAACGCUCAGUGCGCCAAGUUCAUCGACGAGCAGCAGCUGCUGCACUGGCAGCACUACUCCAGGAAACGCACCCGUCUGCAGCAGGCGCUGGCCGAGCAGCAGCAGCAGCCGCAGCAGCCGCCGCACGGGAACGCCGCCGCCAAGUGAUGAUGUCACUGGAGGCGGGAGGAGGACUGUGUGUCUGUAGCUGGUUCUGGUUUCUUGAGGCCGAUAUGGAUGUUUGAAAGAAGCUGGACAUCAAUAUUAAAGCAACAAUUUUCUUUUUCUUCUUUUUUGUACAUAAAUAAAAUGAUGUUGGACAGGAAGUGAGCUGACGGACGUUUUACAGUGAAGACAUAAAGUCGUCAGUUCACUCAGGUGGUGACUGAUCAGCCGACAUCAUCAGUGAUGACAUCAACUCAGGUGAUGUACCGGCUAAUGACAGAAGAGUCUCCAGUGACACUGAGCCUCAGCAGCAGUAAGGACGUCCACCUGAAACACAGCGACCCGGGCAGAGGAAAGACGAGUCCUGAUCCAGGACCGUGUACCACAUGGUCCUGGAUCUGGAAAGAUGUAAAAUGUUGAUAUUUGAUGAAGCCACAGCUGAAAAACGUGAUGAAUGAACCUUUUAUCAUUUCUGUUUAUAAAAUGUUACAUGAGUAAAAAAAAGUUUUUGAAAGAAAAA